UGCUCGGCUCUUCUCUAUGUAGCAGAACCUGCUCCUCGGUCCUACCUGUCUGCAGUCUCUGGCCAUCUCCUGUACUAUGUCUGCAGUCUUCGGUCAUCUUCUGUAGUAUGUUCGCAGUCUCUGGUCAUCUCCUGUACUAUGUCUGAAGUCUCUGGUCAUCUCCUGUACUAUGUCCACAGUUUCUGGUCAUCUCCUGUACUAUGUCUACAAUCUCUGGUCAUCUCCUGUACUAUGUCUGCGUUCUCUGGUUAUCUCCUGUACUAUGUCCGCAGUCUCUGGUCAUCUCCUGUACUAUGUCCGCAGUCUCUGGUCAACUCCUGCACUGUGUCCGCAGUCUCUGGUCAUGUCCUGUACUAUGUCCGCAGUCUCUGGUCAUCUCCUGUACUGUGUCCGCAGUCUCUGGUCAUCCCCUGUACUGUGUCCGCAGUCUCUGAUCAUCUCCUGUACGGUGUCCGCAGUCUCUGGUCAUCCCCUGUACUGUGUCCGCAGUCUCUGGUCAUCUCCUGUACUAUGUCCGCAGUCUCUGGUCUUCUCCUCUAGUACAUACAGUCUCUGGUCAUUUCCUGUACUAUGUCUGCAGUC